AUGUUGCGUUUUGCAUCACGACACCAGAAAUCUGUUAGUGGUAUAUUAGGAAAAAUUAACUGCCACGGUGGUGUAGUGGCUAGCAUGUACGGCUGCACACCCGGAGGUCCUGGGUUCGAGUCCCGGGUCGGGCCAAGUUUAGUUAUUGAGUCUUUCUGUAUAGUAAGCCUCAGUAAUAGCACGGAGUUGGGAAGUUGGCGGUGUCCACCCCCAUGUCUCGAAGAUCACGUAAAGACGUCGGUCCUGCGCCUUAACUCUCACCGGUGGUGUCGAGCAGUCGUUCGGAGUAUGAGAGUGAUAGGAAUAGAAAGUGCACUUGUGUCUGCGCGUACACUUGUGCACUAUAAUAUCUCCUGCGCAGUUGGC